UUCAUUAUGAAAUCAUCAGGGUAUCCAUUUUUUAGUAGCAUUACCCUUGGAUUGCUUAACUCUUCCUAUAUGAUAUCCUGAGGACGUAGUCCUCGGAUUUUGUGACUCAGAGAUUCAACUAGACAAAUUUUAUACUGGAGAUAUAUGAAGCUAUGGUAGCAGAUAUAUUGCACUGUUCGAGUUACUAUUCCAAAUUUAUUACUUUUUACCAAAUUGUUCGACCUUUUCAAAACAUAACGUCGACAAGUGCUAAACGGUUAUCACGUUUUAUCUCGACAAACAAGUAUAAUCGACAGAUAUGUAUUAAUAAGUGUUUUUAAGAGUUCUUGUAUUUUGUUCGUUUUGUUGCAGAUAACUGCUUUAUCAUCCAUGUAACGGGAGCAGUAUUCCAGUUUGUUAAGAGUGUCAUAUAUCCGUCCAUUCUCCAAGUUACCAACAAAAUAUACAGGCUGCAGCUCAAAUUGAAGAUCCAAAUUUUAAGGAAAAACUUAACAAACUCAAUGCUGCUAUACAUUAUGGUGAAGGAGAUUUAUCUGGUUCACGUAGUAUAGUUGAACAAAAUCAUUCUGGUGAUAUUGAUUCAAUUAUUAAUCUUGGAUGUUUAUUCUAUCGCGAAGGAGAUUAUCAAAAAGCUUGCCAACACUUUCAACAAGCUAUACAAAUGACUGGUUUUCAACCACAAUUAUCUUAUAAUAUUGCAUUAUGUUAUUAUCAAAUGAAACAAUAUGCUCAAUCAUUAAAAUAUAUUGCUGAUGUUAUAGAACAUGGAAUAAGAGAUCAUCCAGAACUUGGUGUUGGUAUGACUACAGAAGGUUUAGAAGUACGAAGUGUUGGAAAUACAUUAACAUUACAUGAAACUGCUUUAAUUGAAACGUUUAAUUUAAAAGCAGCUAUUGAAUUCAAUUUAAAAAAUUAUACAUCAGCAUCUGAAGCAUUAACAGAUAUGCCACCAAGAAAUGAAGAUGAACUUGAUCAUAUCACAUUACAUAAUCAAGCAUUAAUGAAUAUGAAUAAAGAACCUGGGAUUGGUUUUCAAAAACUUCAAUUUUUAUUACAACAAGAAACAUUUCCACCGGAAACAUUUGCUAAUCUUUUAUUACUUUAUAUUAAAUAUGAAUAUUAUGAUUUAGCUGCUGAUGUAUUAGCUGAAAAUGCAACAUUAGCCUAUGAAUAUUUAUCAACGGAUUUAUUUGAUUUUAUUGAAGCUGUAAUUCUUAGACAAACUGCUCCACAAGAUGCUUAUAAUCGUCUUGAUCAAAUGGCUAUUAAACAUACAGAACAAUUAAGACGAUUAACAAAAAUAAUUCAAGAAGCUAGACAAAAUCAAAAUGAUGAAUUAGUUAGAACUACUGUACAUGAAUAUGAUAUGGCAUUAGAAAAUUAUAUUCCAGUAUUGAUGCAACAAGCUAAAAUCUAUUGGGAUAUGGAAAAUUAUCAACAGGUUGAGAAAAUCUUUCGUAAAUCAGUUGAAUUUUGUAAUGAUCAUCCAAUAUGGAAAUUAAAUGUUGCCCAUGUAUUAUUUAUGCAAGAGAAUAAAUAUAAAGAAGCAUGUAAUUUUUAUGAACCCAUUAUAAAACGUCAAUAUACAAAUUUAUUAAAUAUUAAUGCAAUUAUUAUAGCUAAUUUAUGUGUUACCUAUAUAAUGACUAGUCAAAAUGAAUAUGCUGAAGAAUUAAUGCGUAAAAUAGAAAAAGAAGAAGAAGAAGUAGAACAACAACAACAACAACAACAACAUCAAGAAGUAGUUCUUGAAGGAGUUGAAAUAGAUCCAUUGAAUCAUCAUUAUUCUAAUAAAAAAUGUUAUCAUUUAUGUAUUAUUAAUUUAGUAAUUGGUACAUUAUAUUGUACUAAAGGGAAUUAUGAUUUUGGUAUUAGUCGUAUUAUGAAAAGUUUAGAACCAUAUCAAAAGAAAUUAGGACCAGAUACAUGGUAUUAUGCUAAACGUUGUUUCCUAUCACUGAUUGAAAAUAUGUCAAAACAUAUGAUUUUAUUAAGAGAUGCUGUACUCAUGGAGUGCAUACAAUUUUUAGAACAUUGUGAAUUAUAUGGACGUAAUAUAAAAGUGAUUAUUGAACAACCAAUUGAACCACAGAAAAUUCAUCCAGGACAAAAUACUAUUACAUAUGAAGCACGUUUAUUAAAAUCACUUCUAUUAGAACUUAUUCAAAGUUAAAAUACAAAGUCAACUAUUUAAUGUUUAAUCUGAAUAACAAGUUCUUUGUUAUUGCUGUCCUCUUUAAAAUGAUUCCUUUCAAUAAAUGUUUAUAUGAUUUGAAGAUGAUGAUGAUGAAGAAGAAGAUUUUAUAGUUCAGUUGAAUGGUCUUGGAUAAAGUUUUAUUCUUGAACAAAUCAUUCAACUCAAAGAACAAAGCCUAUGGAGUUGUUUGUUUGCUCGAUCGAGUCUAUGUGUGUGUGAAUGUAUGCAUGCCAAACAUUUGAUUCACAAUAAUAGUUCAUGUAUAUAAAUCAUCAAAACUUAUUCAAUUUUGUUUAUAUUUCUUUUCAUAAUUAUUAGUAAUAUCAUAUACAUAUUCAUGCAUUUUUAAUAAAAAAAAUACUAUUACUGAAAUACUCUUACUUAAUUACUUACUUACGCCUGUUACUCCUUGUGAAGGAGCAUAGGCAGCUCACCAGCAUUCUUCAUUCAACCCUGUCCUGGGCAAUCCUUUCCAGCUCCUUCCAGUUGUUAUUCAUCUUUUUCAUAUCUGAUUCUAUUUCCCAACGUAAUAUGUUCUUUGGCCACUUUUCCACUUUUCCGCUUCCUUUCAGGAUUCCAAGUCAGGGCUUGCCUCGUGAUGCAGUUUGAUGAUUUGCGUAAUGUAUGUCCUAUCCAUUUCUAUCGUCUUUUCCUACUGAAAUACUCAUGAUAUUUUUAAUACUGUUUAAGUGAAAUAGUUU